CACCACAGUUCUUUCUUGGCACAUUCCAACCACCUAGAACCUUCUUCCACACUCUCCCAUUCCCAAUUCUCUCUUCCUUCCUUCUCCACAUCAUUUCAAAAACACAAAAAACCCUAACCCCCAAUUCAUCUCUCUUGAAUCGAAUCGAUGGCACGCAUGGGUCCAGGGUUCCGAUUCCACCCCACCGACGAAGAGCUGGUGGUGUUCUACCUCAAGCGCAAGAUGACCGGAAACCUCUCCCGCUACGACCACAUCGCCGUCGUUGACGUCUACAAGCUCGAGCCCUGGGACCUUCCCUCUCUGUCGAAGCUGAAGACGAAGGACUUGGAGUGGUACUUCUUCAGCGCGCUGGAUCGCAAGUACGGAAACGGCUCCAGGACCAACCGCGCCACCGAGAGGGGCUACUGGAAGACCACCGGGAAAGACCGUCCCGUCACCCACGGCGACCGCACCGUUGGAAUGAAGAAGACGCUUGUUUACCACAGCGGCCGUGCCCCACAGGGCCGUCGCACCAACUGGGUCAUGCACGAGUAUAAGAUGCUCGACGAUGAAUUGGCACGUUCCGGCACAGUGCUGGAUGUGUUUGUUGUGUGUAGGAUUUUCGAGAAGAGUGGUUCUGGGCCGAAGAAUGGGGCAAAGUAUGGUGCUCCCUUGGAUGAGAAGGAGUGGGAUGUUGAGGACGAGGAUGAAGAGGAUGAGCAGAAGGAGGUGGCUCCCUUGCUCGUUCCUUAUAAUGCGGUGGCUCCUCCUCCUCCCUUGUCGGCGGUUGCUGAUAAUGUGGUGGCUCAUCCUCCUUUGCUGGCGGCGACUGCUGAUAAUAAUUAUCUGGUGGCUCCUCCUCCUCCUCCCUUGCAGGCUAUUGUUGAUGGGGCCUAUGUUUCAACCGACGACCUUGACAUGGAACUUGAUUGGAGUGGUAUAAUUGACAGUGAUACUUUGCCAUCAUUGAACUUUCAUUACGGGGAGUGUAGUAGCCAUGCUGAGUAUUCCAAAGUAUUCAUCAAGGAUCAGGAGCCAUUGGCAGACACUUUUGAAAUUUCUUGUCCUGAAAAUGUCUGGCCUCUUGAUAUGACUGGGCAACAUGGCGUGGGUACAAAUUCAGGGGAAGAUGGAGACAGUGGUGAGCUGAGCAAUAUUGGCAAUUUUGAUCUUUCAUCGAAUAAUAUGAAUCUGGAUCUUUACUGGGAUGCCAACGAGAAUCUUCCGAUGGAUGAUGAUGGAUUUUUGGAAUACAAUGAUAUUGCAAUUGGGAAUGGGGAUAAUCCUACCGAGGCUGAUCUUUCUGCAAAUGCCAUGCUAGAUGAGUAUGCUGCACUCGCUGAUGAUGAUAUUUACAAGUAUAUAUCUUUUGAUUCUCCUCAGAUUCAAGAGAGUGAAAACUUUAUUCCCAACCAAGGAUCACCUUUCACCCAGCAGAAUGUGGAGGGAGAAACCGCUGAUAGAGCUGUGGUUAGUAAUGAGGGUUCUUCAGUGCAGAAUACACAGGAGGCAAUGCUUGCAUCAGGAAGUACAAAUCCACUUGUUAAGCAGGCAUAUGGAUGGUUAGCCAGCAUACCUGCUGCGCCUGCACAUGCUAUGGAGUUUCCUGCUAAGGAGAUUGCUCUUGGACUUCAUCCUGUGGCUCAAUCUUCCCAUCCAGCUCAUAUAACUACUACAGGUAUGAUCAGCAUAACAGACAUUACUUUUAGAGACAAUGCAAUGGAUUGGACUAUGGGCAAAAAUGGAGGGUUUAGCACUGUCAUAUCCACUGGGUUUUCGCAAUCCGAUGUUAAUUCGGCUGCUUUGAUGCCUGUUUCUGGCAAGACUGCAUUUGUGCUGUCACAUGGCUGGAUUUUCCUGACUGGUUUCUCAGUUCUUAUUCUUUCACUGAGUUGCAAGAUCGGAAGCAUCAUGUAUACUGGUAAAUGACUACCUGUGGUUGGCGGCUACUAGAGAAUAAGCAGCAGUCAGUUAAGUAUAAUUUAGUGUUUGGUGGUACUCAUUGAAUGACUAGGAUCCCGUGACUUUGUAGAUUUUUUAUAUGGUACCUUGGUCAAACUGAUCUAUACAUUCUUCAUCGUAACUUAUACAACAUUUUUAGAGUGCCUACAGAUAGAGUAAUAGUAAUACUGUCUUCGAUAAGAUUCGUAAUAUAUAUUAUUAGCUCAUACUUUCAAUAGUAAUACUAGAUGCAAGGUUCUGACUGAUAGAGGCUGUCCAUUAUUUAUUACUUAUUAGGUUCCAUAUGUAAUUUGAUUCACUUGGUAAGAACAAAUCAUCGGGUUUUUGUCUUGAAUGUAUAGUCUUAGUUGGAGUGGCUUCUCUCGUUAA